ACUGGAGCAUCGCAGACUGCAACUAGUCCUUCACCGCAGCUAGGAGCACCACAGUCAGUCCACCACCACAGCUAGGAGCAUCACAGUCAGUCCACCACCACAGCCAGGAGCACCACAGCCAGUCCGCCACCACAGCCAGGAGCACCACAGUCAGUCCACCACCACAGCUAGGAGCAUCACAGUCAGUCCACCACCACAGCUAGGAGCACCACAGCCAGUCCAUCACUUCAAUUAGGAGCACCAUAGUCAGUCCUUCACCCAGCUAGGAGCACCACAGCCAGUUCAUCACCACAGCAGCAGCACGACAGACAACAGCAACAUGCUGUGCUGGUCUGUGUUGCUGUUAUGCAUCAAGCUUCUGGCAGCUGCCGCCCAGGACAGUGAGGAGCUACAGAAAGAAUACCAAGAACGCUUCUCUCCAAGAGUUGAUGGUGAAGGGCCGCCAGAGAACGUGACGGUGAUCGGGGCGUCGACAACGUCCCUCCUGGUGUCCUGGGACCCGCCACCACUCACUCCUGAACAUUAUGUGGUCGACAUUUUCGGUGGUAUUAGUGAGGUUGUAUACGACACCUCUUAUGUUGUUGAGGGCCUGCAAGUGUGCACCUCAUAUAUCGUCACUGUGACAUCUUAUUACAGGGAUACUCAAUAUCCUGGCCCCUUAACUCAAGGAAUAACACAGUCAUCAGUGCCGCCACAACCACAAGAUUGCAAAAUAUCUAAACCAGUAAAAGGUACAGUACAAGUCCAGUGGAAAGACCCGAACUUUGAGUGUAGCGUUACUAACCACAGUAUCGUGUGGACGUGGGACGUGCUGUGGAGUGACGAGGAAGGGUCAGUGGAAACCUUCACCACGUUUAACCAAUACACACUGAGUGACGUCACACCCUACUCCAACGUCACCGCUGAGAUCAGCGCCGGCAAUGACGGAGGCUUCAGUACAUCACUAAACUGCUCGCUGGUUACGUCUCAAGAUAAGCCCGGGGCUCCUGUUAUCGUGAACACAGCUUCGUAUGAAGCUGGCUCAGCAACCCUCACCUGGACACCGCCUGUUGAUGCCAAUGGAAUAAUCCUGAAUUAUAACAUUACCUCCAAGAGUGAGGAACGUUCUACUGGGACUGUGGUCGAUGGAACAGUACUGACGACUGUGUUUGAAGACUUGCACGAGUGUAAGAUGUACAGCUUUAGUGUUGCAGCUAGAACUGUAGUAGGAUAUGGACCGGAGUCUGAAGAAAGCAGUGUUUUCAUCUCCGGAAACGUGCCGCCACCACCACCACAAGAUUGCGAAAUAUCUGAACAAGUAAAAGGAACAGUGCAAGUCCAGUGGAAAGACCCGGACUUUGAGUGUAGCGUUACUAACCACAGUAUCGUGUGGACGUGGGACGUGCUGUGGAGUGACGAGGAAGGGUCAGUGGAAACCUUCACCACGUCUAACCAAUACACACUGAGUGACGUCACACCCUACUCCAACGUCACCGCUGAGAUCAGCGCCGGCAAUAACGUAGGCUUCAGUACAUCACUAACCUGCUCGCUGGUUACGUCUCAAGAUAAGCCCGGGGCUCCUGUUAUCGUGAACACAACUUCGUAUGAAGUUGGCUCAGUGACCCUCACCUGGACACCGCCUGUUGACGCCAAUGGAAUAAUCCUCAAUUAUAAAAUUACCUCCAAGAGUGAGGAAGGCUCUACUGAGACUGUGGUCGAUGGAACAGUACUCACGACUGUGAUUGAAGACUUGCAUCAGUGUGAGAGCUACAAUUUUAGUGUUGCAGCUAGAACUGUAGUAGGAUAUGGACCGGAGUCUGAAGAAAGCAGUGUUUUCAUCUCCGGAAACGUGCCGCCACCACCACCACAAGAUUGCGAAAUAUCUGAACAAGUUAAAGGAAAAGUACAAGUCCAGUGGAAAGACCCGGACUUUGAGUGUAGCGUUACUAACCACAGUAUCGUGUGGACGUGGGACGUGCUGUGGAGUGACGAGGAAGGGUCAGUGGAAACCUUCACCACGUCCAACCAAUACACACUGAGUGACGUCACACCCUACUCCAACGUCACCGCUGAGAUCAGCGCCAGCAAUGACGUAGGCUUCAGUACAUCACUAACCUGCUCGCUGGUUACGUCUCAAGAUAAGCCCGGGGCUCCUGUUAUCGUGAACACAGCUUCACAUGAAGCUGGCUCAGCGACCCUCACAUGGACACCGCCUGUUGACGCCAAUGGAAUAAUCCUAAAUUAUAAAAUUACCUCCAAGAAUGAGGAAGGUUCUACUGGGACUGUGGUCGAUGGAACAGUACUCACGACUGUGAUUGAAGACUUGCAUCAGUGUGAGAGCUACAAUUUUAGUGUUGCAGCUAGAACUGUAGUAGGAUAUGGACCGGACUCUGAAGAAAUCAGUGUUUUCAUCUCCGGAAACGUGCUGCCACCACCACCACAAGAUUGCGAAAUAUCUGAACAAGAAAAAGGAACAGUGCAAGUCCAGUGGAAAGACCCGGACUUUGCGUGUGGCAUCACCAACCACAGCGUCGUGUGGACAUGGGACGUGCUGUGGACUGACGAGGAAGGGUCAGUGGAAGUCUUCACCACGUCUAACCAUGAUACACUCUAUGAUGUCCAAUUCUACACCAACGUCACCGCUGAGAUAAGAGCCGCCACUUACGGAGGCUUGAGUACACCAUUAUUUUGCUGGGUGGUUACGUCUCCAGAUAAAAUGUUUGAUGUCGAAUCUAAAGCAGAUGAAUAGGCUGUCAACACCUUGGCUGUCAUAAGAGACCUGUUCAUCAUGCUUGAAGUUAACAAGCCUUAGCAUGACAAGCGUGAGACAAGAGUCCACAGAGGCUCUGUAUAAGGCAGACAUCAGGACAUGAACUGAUCUGCAAAUAUUUACUAUGGAUACGACGACAUAAAAGUCAAUAGAGUGCCAUAGGAGAGACAGAUGUGUAAACUGGAACAGCCUAAAGGUCCAUAGCAAGACGAAAGAUAAACAAGUGACCACGGAACGCCCUGGGUGAUACAGAUAACUCAUACAUCAAAAUUUUGCCACGAUAAGACCAUUACUGAAAGAAAACUGACUGACCACACUAUUUUGACUGGACGUGUGGCCAGUCAGUACAGUAAUAGAGCAAAGGAAAAAAAUUGUUAUAUUUAUUCGAAGAUAUAACUUGGAAAUAUCAUUAAAUAACAUAAAUUUUAGGUUGUAAAACGAAACCAAUCAGGCACGUGCUGAUGAUGCGUUUCAAAGGCCUUCUUCCUAAGCUUAUAAAUAUAAUUUUGAAUUAAUUUAAGAGAGCUUCGUUCUUCAAGUGGUAUGAAUAUGUCUAUAGGUUUCAAGAAUGUUUAAUAAGUAACAUUCCUUGCUGUUAUUCUAAUAUAAAUGUUUACAUUAACAAUAAAAGGAUUAGUUCCUCCAAGUAUAUUCAAUUUGAUAUAGUUAAUGCUUUAUAUUUAUCGGAAGGAGACUGAGACUCCUAAUUUUAUAUUUCAAUGAUAAAGUUCACACAUUUCAAUACCUUAAAAGAGAGAGACUUUGUUUUUUAAUAUUUUAAUUUCAAAUUCUAUGAAAUGAAAAUGUUAUUUUAAGACAAAUGAUCACUUUUGGUUGUGUUUUGCAGUUAAGGUAAUAGUUAUAUGAAUGUAAGAGGGAAAAUAUUGUAUUUUAUUUAUCAGAGUAAAACUUAAGGCAAUAUUGAAUCAGCUUAAUUAUAAUAUAUUUUUUUUAUAUAAGUAAAUCUCGGCUUUAAAUUCCAGGGGUCUUGGCCUUCAGAUUGAGGAAAAUAUAUUUAUAGUAUAUUCAUUGAACUUUUGUAAUGAGUUAUGUGAAAAUAAACCAGGUUGUGCAUACUGACUAAAAA